ACUGCUGGAGCUGCCACUUUUUUGUUGCAAUUGACGUUCUCUAUCUCUAGUUUUGGAGCUGGACACAGGCUUUGACAUAUUGGCGUUUGCAUUUGGACCAGCAAGAAUGUCUUCAAGAAGAAGAGGAUCUGUCAGAAAACCCAGAAAGUCCUUUCACGACCACUACGACUCUAAGCCUGACGACACUUUCAAUGAUUUAUUGAAGCCUAUUUACAAAGGCAAAGCACUCAAUGAGCCAAUUAAUACUGCGAAAGACAAGUGGAAUCUAUUGCCUGCUUUUUUGAAGGUCAAAGGUUUGGUCAAGCAGCACUUGGACUCUUUCAACUAUUUUGUUGAUAUUGAUAUGAAAAAGAUUAUAGAGGCUAACCAGUACAUUUUUAGUGAUGUUGAUCCAGACUUUUAUUUGAAAUAUGUUGAUAUCAGAGUUGGCUACAAAUCCACCUCUCUUAAGCAAUCAAAAGACAUGAAACUUACAAAGGAAGUUAACAAUUCCCCCCAUGAAUGCCGAUUGAGAGAUUUGUCGUAUUCUGCUCCGAUAUAUGUUGAUGUAGAAUACACAAGAGGCAGAAAAAUCAUCAUGAAUCGAGAUUUGGAAAUUGGAAGAAUGCCAAUCAUGUUGAGAUCGAACAAAUGCUGUUUGGAAGGAUUAUCUGAAUCUCAGUUCCCAAAACUUAACGAAUGUCCAAAGGAUCCUGGUGGUUAUUUUAUAGUUAAUGGAACCGAAAGAGUGAUUUUAGUUCAGGAACAAUUGUCAAAAAACAGAAUUAUUGUUGAAAGCGACGAGAAAAAAAAUAUAGUUCAAGCUUCAGUAACCUCUUCAACUCACGAAAGAAAAUCCAAAACAUACGUUGUGACAAAGUACAACAAAAUCUAUUUAAAACAUAAUUCCAUAUCGGAUGAGGUUCCAAUUGUCAUAGCUUUGAAAGCGUGUGGAAUUGUAUCUGACUUGGAGAUAUUGCAAAUUGUAUGUGGUGAUAAUUUACAGUACCAAGAUUUAUUUGCAGUAAAUUUUGAAGAUCCUGCAAAAUUGAAUAUCUACACUCAAAGAGACGCUUUGGAAUAUAUUGGUCAAAGAGUUAAAACCAUCAGAAGAUUCAAUGCUCCUAGAUUAUCGAUUUUACAAGAAGGUAUUGAAUUUAUUGCUACGACUGUGAUUGCACACAUUACCUGUCCAAAUAGUUUGGAUUUGAGAGAAAAGGGCUUAUAUUUGGCAAUUAUGACAAGAAGAGUCAUUAUGGCAAUGGAAAAUCCUAAGAGAGUUGAUGAUAGGGAUUAUGUUGGUAAUAAAAGAUUGGAAUUAGCAGGUCAAUUGAUGUCUCUUUUAUUUGAAGAUUUAUUUAAAAAAUUCAAUAACGAUUUUAAAACAAAUAUAGACAAGUCCUUGAAAAAGUCCAACAGAAUUCACGAAUUUGAUCCGUUAAUGACAAUUGGUGUUUAUUCCUAUUAUAUAACUAGUGGUUUGAACAAUGCGAUUUCAACUGGAAAUUGGUCUUUGAAAAGAUUUAAGAUGGAAAGAGCUGGUGUCACUCAUGUUUUAAGUAGAUUAUCCUAUAUUGCUGCGUUGGGUAUGAUGACCCGUAUAUCAUCUCAAUUUGAGAAAUCAAGAAAAGUUUCUGGCCCAAGAGCUUUGCAACCAUCUCAAUUUGGUAUGUUGUGCACUUCAGACACGCCUGAAGGUGAAGCUUGUGGUUUAGUUAAAAAUUUGGCCUUAAUGACUCAUAUUACAACAGAUGAUGAGGAAGACUCUGUUAAAAGAUUGUGUCUUAAUUUGGGUGUCGAAGAUAUAAGAUAUGUGGAUUACAAUUCUAUUUUUAUUGGAAAUAAUUAUGGGAUUUAUGUUAAUGGUACUAUAAUUGGUUUAACCAAAACUCCUAAAAAAUUUUUAAAAGUUUUUAGAAAUUUAAGAAGAUCAUGUAAUAUUUCACCAUUUAUUUCCAUUUUUUCUAAUCUGUACCAGAAUGCUAUUCAUAUUGCAACUGAUGGUGGCAGAAUUUGCAGACCAUUGAUAAUUGUUGAUAAAAAAACAGGAAUUUCCAAAGUUGAAGCUAAACAUUUGGAAAAAUUGCGAUCCGGUGAAUGGGAGUUUGAUGACUUUCUUAAAAAUGGAUUAGUUGAAUACAUGGAUUGUAAUGAAGAAAAUGAUUCUCUUAUUGCUAUUUAUGAAGAAGAUAUUCAACCUGGAAAAACAACACACUUGGAAAUAGAACCAUUUACAGUGCUUGGAGCUGUUGCAGGUCUAAUUCCUUAUCCACAUCAUAAUCAAUCGCCAAGAAAUACUUAUCAAUGUGCAAUGGGUAAGCAAGCAAUUGGAGCUAUUGCUUAUAAUCAAUUCCGUAGAAUUGAUACUCUUUUAUAUGUAAUGUGUUAUCCACAACAGCCUAUGGUUAAAACCAAAACCAUAGAAUUGACAGAGUAUGAUAAAUUACCAGCAGGUCAAAAUGCUACAGUUGCAGUCAUGUCAUACUCUGGAUAUGAUAUUGAAGAUGCCUUGGUUUUAAAUAAAUCAUCAAUUGACAGAGGUUUUGGUCGAUGUCAAACAUUUAGAAAAGAAACUAUUUUGUUGAAAAGAUAUUCAAAUCAUACAAAAGAUAUUAUUGCAGGUGUUAGAGUUGAUGAAAAUGGUGAUCCAAUAUGGGAACAUGCAGUAUUGGGGCCUGAUGGAAUUGCUGAAGUUGGUGUUAGGGUUGAAAGUGGGCAAAUUUAUGCUAAUAAAUCUAUUCCAAUAAGUUCAGGAAAUUCUUCAAUUGGAGGACCAUCUGGACAAACGACUUAUAAAGAGUCACCGUAUAUAUACAGGGCACCUGAACCAAGUUAUGUUGACCAGGUUUUGUUAACAGAAACUAAUGGAGACCAACAGUUAAUUAAAUUGUUAAUGAGACAAACAAGACGACCGGAAUUAGGAGACAAGUUCUCAUCAAGACAUGGACAAAAAGGUGUUUGUGGUAUUAUUGUCAAUCAAGAAGAUUUGCCAUUUAAUGAUCAAGGUAUUUCGCCAGAUAUUAUUAUGAAUCCACAUGGUUUUCCAUCACGUAUGACUGUUGGUAAAAUGAUUGAGUUGAUAUCAGGUAAAGCGGGUGUUCUCAAUGGUACAUUAGAGUAUGGAACUUGUUUUGGAGGAUCCAAGUUGGAGGAUAUGUCUAAGAUAUUAAUUGAUCAGGGAUUUAGUUAUUCUGGAAAAGACCAAUUAUAUUCUGGAAUAACAGGGGAAUGUCUUCAAGCAUAUAUCUUUUUCGGACCAAUUUAUUAUCAAAAAUUGAAGCAUAUGGUAAUGGAUAAGAUGCACGCAAGAGCAAGAGGUCCUAGAGCAGUUUUAACUAGACAACCAACGGAAGGUAGAAGUAGAGAUGGUGGAUUAAGAUUAGGGGAGAUGGAAAGAGAUUGUGUUAUAGCAUAUGGAGCAUCGCAACUAUUGUUGGAAAGAUUGAUGAUAUCAUCGGAUGUAUUUGAGGUUGAUAUUUGUAAUAAUUGUGGAUUGAUGGGAUUCCAUGGAUGGUGUAAUAAUUGUAAAACCACUGAAAAUGUUAUUAAAAUGAGGAUACCAUACGCAGCUAAAUUAUUAUUUCAAGAGUUGAUUUCAAUGAACAUUGCGCCUAGAUUAAGAUUAGAGGAUGCGUUUUGAAUAAUUUUUUUUUUUUCAUUUUUAAAUAGUUUUAAAUAUGAAAUUCAAAGAGAUAUAGGAGAUAAAUUUUACAUUUAUAUUAGUUAUAUAUUAUAUAGAAAAAUGAGUGAUAAGUUGAUAGGGAACAUUUUUUAUACUGAAAAUUUAAAUUUUAAUGGUAACCAAGAUAUUUUAUCGAUAGUGAUUAUUAUCAGAAAAGAAAAAAACAAAAAAAACAACCCCAAAACAAAUGUAAAUACAAAAAAAAG